CGCUCCCGAGCCGGGGCCGAGCGGCCCGGGGGAGCUCGGGCACGCCUGUUCCUGUGGGCGCGCUGCGCGGGGAGCGCUGGCGCAGCGGGGCGGGAGUUUCAAACGCUGCGUCCGGGCGCUCCGCCGGCCGGCGGCUGCUCGGGGCUCGGCUCGUCCGGCACCCAAGGUCUGUAGGCGCUUCAAGAGGAAUCUGCAAAUGCUGGAGCGCGCCGCUGCUGUCCUGUUCGGCUUUAUUGGCAGAACUGUGCCGGGAUAACGCAGAGAGAGAGGGGGAGAGUUGUGAAAGGCGUCUGGGCUUUCGUCUUUCCUCCGUACUUCGCUCCUUUUUAAAGGCUUCUGGUUAAAAUCUACCUUCUGACAACAAGGAAGCUAAAACAAUGGGAGUGACUUAUCUGUGGCAAAUCCUUGAGCCUGUGAGACAACCUGUCAACAUGAGUAGUCUCAGAGGGAAAACACUUGCUGUUGAUUUAAGUUUGUGGGUUUGUGAAGCACAGACUGUUAAAAAAAUGGUUGGAGUGGUUACCAAGCCACAUCUCAGAAACCUGUUUUUUCGGUUCUCCUUCUUUACAUCAAUGGGAAUUAAACUUGUAUUUGUCAUGGAGGGAGAGGCCCCCAGGUUGAAAGCAGACACCAUGAGCAAGAGGAAUGAGAUGCGCUAUGGGCCUUCGAAAAAAGCUGUACCUGUAAGGACAGGGAGAUCAUUAUUUAAAGCUGUGUUAAAAGAGUGUCUUGAACUGCUGGAGUGUUUAGGUGUCCCUUGGGUUCAAGCAGCUGGAGAAGCAGAGGCAAUGUGUGCCUACCUAAAUGCAAAAGGACUUGUUGAUGGCUGCAUUACCAAUGAUGGAGAUGUUUUCUUGUAUGGAGCUCAAACAGUUUAUAGGAACUUUGCCAUGAAUGCUAAGGAUCCACACCUUGACAGUUACACAAUGUCCUCUAUUAAAGAGAAACUUGGUUGUGACAGAGAGUCUUUGAUUGGGCUAGCAGUUCUUCUGGGCUGUGAUUAUCUUCCAAAGGGGGUUCCAGGAGUAGGGAAGGAACAAGCUUUAAAGUUAAUUGAGACUCUGCGAGGUCAAAACUUACUGCAAAGGUUUGAGCAGUGGAAGGAACAAUUUCAAUAUGAUGAUAAUCCACCUGUGGUUGUUAAAAGGGUAAUUCACUGUUCAGAGUGCCACCAUCCAGGAUCCUACAAGGAACAUGAGCACAAUGGAUGUAAAUUCUGUGAAAACAUGAGAUGCUGCAAACCCAGUGACUCCAAACACUGCUGCCCUUGUGCAUGGCAUCAGUGGGAGCAAGUGAAACAAGCAAAUGCAGUGGAGGAGAGUAUCAGAAAAAAAGCCAAGAGUUGUGAGGGCUUUCCAUUCUCUGAGGUUAUCCAAGAGUUUCUUGUGAACAAGAAUAAAUUGACUAACAUAAAGGAAUGUCGAAGGCCAAAUUUAUUGUCCUUUCAGCUAUUUGCUUCAGAGAAGAUGGAAUGGACCAAACAUUAUGCUUGUAAGAAGCUGUUAGCACUUUUGACACGUUAUGAUAUGAUCCAGAGAAAAUCUGGAUACAUUGACUCAAAACAACUGCAGGCAAUACGGAUUGUUAAGACACGUAUUAAAAAUGGAAUUCCUUGUUUUGAAAUUGAAUGGCAAAAACCAGAACAUUAUGUUGAUCCAGAAGAUGAGCCUGUGGAGUUGUUUGUUGUCACACUAGAAGAAGAGUCUUUGUUUCAGGCUGCUUAUCCUGAUGUUGUUGCCCUCUAUCAAAUGGAAAAGUCAGAAGUUCUUCAGAAGAAACAGAAAAAAAAGAAAGACAGACCAGAAGAAAAGCACUCCAUGUCAGAUACAAAAGCUCCCCCAGAAGAUCAGACACAGCAGAGAAGUACAGGAUCAAAAGAUGUAGCAUUACCUUCAACUUCCUGCACAUCAACAGUUCAUGUGUCAGCAUCAGCAGCUGCUCUUGCUGACUCAUCUGUGCCCUCACAGUGCACUAACUAUUCAGAGAUGUCAUCCUCUUCCUCUCUACCAGCUGGUCUGCAACUGAGCACUGCUGAUGGGAAAGGAACCUCCUUCAGCACUUCACCAGCCCAUGGAGGUGCCGACCAUGAUCCAGCAGCUGACUUCACCACGUGCAUAAAACACUCACACCCACUAAGUCAUGAAACAGUAAGAAACAGCUCAGAAUAUUCAGAUGUUACACAGUCUGAUAUGCAUUCUGGUAGUGAAGAUGAUUUGUUCUCAAAUGAUGCUAUGGCACAACUUCAGGAGCGGUCUUUAAGCGAGCGAAUACUUAAGAAGGCUCCCAUUUCAUCACAGCCUUUUUCUGAAAGUUUAGUGCAGCUGAAGUCUUUGAAUUGUUUUAAACAAUCAAAAGAAACAUUGAAUCCUGAUAGAAAUCAUGUCUCUUCCUCAUGUCAGUUAAAUAACCUAGUGCAGGAAAGUAAAAAUGUUCUAUCACAAAACUCCGCAACUGAAUCCAGCGUACGUAUCUAUCAAGAUGCAUACAAAAAAGCUGACAUCCUGGCUGAAAUGGUGAAAAAAAACCCCUAUAUAAGUGGGGCAGCAUGUCUAGCCUUCAGUGGGCAAACAACAGAGACUCUUCUUCCUGGAUGUGAAAUGCUUCCAGCAUCUCAAAAGCCAGCAGGUGCAACCGGCUGUCACGUUAAAGCAGCUUGUAUUGAAACUACUUGGAAAGCUUCUCUUAAAAAGAGUGUCUGUCAGAACAGAUGCUCUUCUAGUGAAGACAGUGAUGAUGGGCACGUGGAUAAAAUCCUGGUUUAUGACCAGCAGAAAAGGCAACUGAACCCUGGCCAGUUUAAAAAAUCUUUUACAAAGAAAAGGAGCAGUGUUGUUACUAGUAAAAGGACAAACAGUGAUUCAGCCCUUAUAAUUAAAGGGAAGAAGAAAAGUACUAAUUUAAAGGAAGCUGCUAAUAGUUUCUCAGUGCAGGUAUCUCUAAAACCAUCCUCUGUAGAGGAAGUUAAUUGUUCCCAAAGUCCAGAGCAACCAAUUGAAAAAUUGGGUUCUCCCACAGAGCAAGACAAAAGUGCUGUUCUGACUUCUGCGUGGGCAGACAGUCCCCUUCCCCUGUCUGAAAGACUGAAAGGAAGAAUCAAAAUCAAUUAGGUUCUCCAUAAAAUAGAUUAUGAUAGCAAUUAAUUAUCAGUUAACUAUCUGUUAACUGUCAGUUCUUGAAGAGUUCUUUCUCAAAGUUUCUGCAGUAUGUAUUGAUUUUAUAUGGACACAGUUUUGAUGACUAGCUGAAGUUCGAAACUAAAAUGUUAACGAAAGUCCCAGCUGAUUGUAGGCAACUACCAGUUGUUCUGGGUGUGUUUAUAUUCUGAACUUGUUACAUAAGCAUCAGGAUACAGUAUGCAAGGAUGAGGAAGAUUUAUUUAAGAAAAAAGGGGUUUUUUGCCAACCAAAUGUGCAGAUUUUGUGUACAGGUAUUGGUCUUGCUUAUAAAACCACUUAAUAGAGCAGCGCCUGCAGUGCUGUUGGACUCUCCAAAUAAGACAAAGUGAUGCAACAUUUUUAAACUGGCCAGGGUUCUCCUCCACUAAUUAAUUUUUGCAAGUUUUGAAAUGGGUUUUGAAAUCCUGUGUUUUUGGUUGUGUUGACCAUCUCUGAAGGACCAGAUAGAGAGACACAGCAGAUGUACUUCACAGGGUGGCUAAAUUUGUAUCUGCCAUGCCCCAUAAUAAGCUGUUCUUCAGGGGUGUGCCUCUUCCAAAGAAUGGAAUAAGCCAUGUAAGGAAGGACAUGGUGUUG